AUGCCCCGCCUCUCACUCGCCCAGACGCUCCCGCCCGAACUCCUCACGCGCAUCUUCGGCUGGCUGACAGAGCUUCAGGCCGACAUACAUCCGCGCGGACGAUACGAUCGGGAGACGAUUGCUUGGAGCGUCACUUCAGCUAUCGCCGAACUUCGAGAGGCAGCUCUCGGCUGCCGCCAGUGGCGGGCGCCUGCUCAGCGACAAUUGUUCCGCUCGAUUAAUCUCGACUAUGACAACGCGGCGUUGCUGCAGGACUGCUACGAAGAUCGUCCAGACCUCGCAGAUGCGACGCAAGCGGCAGUUUUUGAACUGCGGAAGGAUUCGAGCGACACCUGGGACAGCCUCAAUGCCGAAUGUCGGCUGCAGCUGUCCACCCUUGCGCUCUGCAAGAACAUUCGGCACCUAGCAAUCGGCCUCGUCACCCGAAGCGCGCGCGACGCGCUCGUCGCUCUUCUCGACUGCGCACCUCUCGAGUCCCUCGUACUACUCGAGCGCGGGUGGUCUCAUCUGGAGGUGGAGCAGCUCGCCUGCUUGUCGCCGUUUGAGUUCUGCGCCGUCGCACAAAAAUCGUCGCUGCGUUACUUUCAAUUCCAGCUCCGCCCGCGUUUGUCGUCGUUCAACUCGCCCUUCGUUCCCUUGCCAAACCUCGCAUCUCCAAUUACCACCUUGGCCAUCACGAUGAACAUAGACACCUGCCUGGCGCGCCUUGUCACCAUGGCGGCAGCCUCGCUGCGAAAACUCGCGGUUUACUCGGAGACGCCUCUCUCGCACGACAACUUUGGCUUCCUCCUCCCGACACUCCCCGUCCUUCAGGAGAUGCGGAUAUACAUGAACCCUGUCAACUUUGCCCGCGUUGACGAUGCCUGGAUUGCCGACGUCCUCCCCAAGUUGACCUCACUCGAAAAGUUGUUUGUUACCGAUUCGAUCGCGCGCCCUUCCAUCGUCCUGUCUCUGCCGCCGCAUCUCAAGCUGAUCGAGUACUCAUGGUCCGGUCAAGACAUGAUACCGGUCAUCCACACCUUUGCCGAAGUCGUCGUCAACGUCGCCGCUCGCCUCCCUUCGUGCACCAUCCGCUUCUCUGUCGAUCCCGAUGAAUGGUAUGACGACAGCAGGGACGCUCUUGAUGAAUUGGAGGAGACUUGUCUGCGCUUGGGUGUCAAUGUGGACAUCAACCGUGGCGCAUACUACUUCGACAUCCCCGAAAAGACCUGUAUCUCGUUCUUCUGGCGCGCCCUUCCUUGCCACAAUCACGUAUGCGUUGAUCACUGA